AUGGAGAGAAUAGUAACAUCAAGGUUAGAAGGUUAUGUAGAGUCAAAAUUUAUAUUAGAUAAAGAACAAGAAGGUUUUCGACAUUUCCGCUCCACCGACAAUGCUUUAUUAACAUUUGUUCAAAACAUCUUUAAUGGAUUUAAUAAAGAUGAAAGUACUAUCGCAUUAAUGAUUGACCUUGAAAAAGCCUAUGAUAGUAUUUGGAGAGAAGGACUUUUAACAAAACUACAUGGAUAUGGAAUAAAAGGUAAAAUCUGGAUGUGGAUAGAAAAUGUUUUAAAAGAUAGAGAAGCAAGAUGUAAUAUAAACAAGCAUCAGGGACAAUGGUUUAAAACUCAAAUUGGGCUUCCACAAGGAUCAGUAAUAUCCCCCUUACUUUUCAACAUCUUUAUUAUUGAUAUUUUUGCCAAAAUUUCCUCUAACAAAUGUAAAUUUGCUGAUGAUGGGACAAUCUGGAAAACAGGCAAAGACAAACAUGAACUAGUAAAGGAGUUACAAAAAGAUAUUAACUCUAUCCAUGAAUGGUCAACAAAAUGGAGAAUAAACCUUAGUAUAGAAAAAACAGAAUUUUGUGUAUUUUCCAGAAAUGGUAUGACAAAAGAAAACAUCAAGAUAAUGUUACAAGGAAAGGAAUUAAAAUACAAUCCAAACCCCAAAAUUUUGGGCCUUACUUUAGAUGAAAAAUCUUUCACUGAUGGCUCCUGCAAAGGAAAUCCAGGUCCAUGUGGUGCUGGGGCAGCUAUUUUAAUAUCAAACAGCACAGAACAUGUGGAGUUAACCCAGCCAGUUUCCAAUAGAGGAUCUAUUUUAUUAGGGGAAUUAGUAGCUAUCAAGCUAGUAAUAGAUUUUCUUAUAAUUCCAAACAACAGAAAAAACACUGAAUCCAUACAAAUUUUCUCAGACAGCCAAUCAGCAAUUGGAAUUUUAACUUUAAAUUGGAAAUCUGAUAAUUAUGGCAAAACUAUUCAUGAUAUUAAAAUUGGUAUAUUGGCACUUAAAUCUGAAGGAAUCAUUGUUUCCAUUGAAUGGACCCCUGGACACGCUGACAUACAAGGUAAUGAACUAGCAGACCAACUAGCUAAAAAAGCAGCACAGGAGGCAGAAAAAAUACAAAGCAUUCCACUAUUUACAAAACAAGAUAUACAAAAAGGAGCAAAAGACAGUGUUAUGGUAAAAUGGCAAAACCGAUGGGACACCAGUGAUAAAAGAAGAAGAUAUUAUGCCUUUCAACAAAAUGUAAAAAAUACACUUCCAAAAGACAAGCCGUCAACUGAAAUAUAUAGAAUAACUACUAGUCUAAGAACAGGAUAUUGCAAUUUAAACUUUUACAAAUCAACAAUAUGCCCAGCACUCAUCGACAAAUGCAGCUGUGGACAAGUAGAAACAGUUGACCAUUACUUACUGGAUUGUGAAAAUUAUGAGGAGGCUAGAGAAAAACUCCGCUCAGCACUCUACUUCAUAACAGCAAAACUAACACUUGAAUCUGAAGUAUUGUUAGCAACAACAGAAAAUGAUAUUUACAAACAUCACAUAGAAGAUAUUCAACAUUUGUUAGGGGUCUUUAUUAAAGAUACUGGAAGGUUCACAAAAUAG